GUGGCGUCGCUGAAUGCUGAGGCGGGGGAGCGUAGUCGGGGACGGACCUUUCGAAUUCUGCGGAGCCAGAGCGGAGAGCGUUCUGAGUGUGCCUCUUCUGCGCCUGCGCCGUAGAAGCCCCCUUCUUUCCCCGCUGCCCCCGAGACCGAGGAGGGCAUGAAUCUGGAGCGCCUAAGGAAGCGGGUGCGGCAGUAUAUCGAUCAGCAACAGUAUCAAAGUGCUUUAUUUUGGGCAGAUAAAGUAGCAUCGUUAUCUCAUGGUGUGUGGUUAUUUCUAGAAGAUCCACAAGACAUCUAUUGGUUGGCUCAAUGCCUUUACCUCACAGCUCAGUACCACAGGGCAGCACAUGCUCUUAGGUCAAGAAAACUAGAUAAGUUAUUUGAAGCAUGUCGAUAUCUUGCAGCUAGAUGUCAUUAUGCUGCAAAAGAAUAUCAGCAGGCUCUUGACAUUCUUGAUAUGGAAGAACCAAUCAACAAAAGACUGUUUGAAAAAUAUUUGAAGGAUGAAAGUGGGUUAAAGGACUGUUCUAGCGACUGGGAGGUGUCUCAAUCUUCUAUCAAGAGCUCUAUUUGCCUUUUGCGGGGGAAGAUCUUUGAUGCUCUAGAUAAUAGAACCCUGGCAACAUUCAGCUAUAAAGAGGCCUUGAAACUUGAUGUCUAUUGCUUUGAAGCAUUUGACCUUUUAACAUCACACCACAUGCUGACAGCAGAAGAAGAAAAAGAACUUCUUGAGUCUCUACCUCUAGGAAAACAGUGUACAGAAGAAGAACAAGUAUUGCUACAUUUUUUGUUUGAGAAUAAACUAAAGAAGGUAUUAGUUUUUUUCUUAAAGUGGGACAAGCAGAGUGUGAACAUCAGAUCUAAGUUUGAAAACAUUUUGUUACAAACAUUUUAAUAAAAGUACCGUAUA